CAUAAUUCUAUUAAUUAUGAACUAUGUAAGAAAUGGAUAACUUUGUCCAAUAUUAUUAAAAGGUGUACUAAAUAGAAAAUAAGAACCCUUAUUUGAAGUUGAGAGUUUAGAAUAGAGAAUUAAAAGAAGACUUCUAAAUGUAAUAUAUUUAUCAAAAGUAAUGUUUCAUGUUACAAUUUGUAAAAUAAUUGAUAAUGUUAGUGGUGUGGGAAUGCGAUAGAAGAAAACAAAACUUUUUGAAAAACUUAAAUAUUGAUCAGAUUUACUUGAAUAAAAAUGAAGAAGAAGAUGCUAACGUAUUUAUUUUCGAGGAGGAUCAAUAAAAUAACAUUAUUUAGAAAUAAACACCGUAGUAAAUACUAUUUAAGUUAUGUAAUUGCAUUUGAUUUACAUUUAGUUUACACUUUAGGUUUUAAUCUUAAGAAUGAAAUAUUUUAAUUAGAGGACCCUACCUAAGAUAUUAUAAAAGAGCUUUAUUAACUCAUUUUUGAAGAUUUAAGAAAUGAUUCUCAAAUAAGAAUUUCUGACAAAAUGAUUAUAACACACCUUUAUAAUUUAAAAAUUUUGGAUACAAAAUAUAAUAAAUCCCAUUCAAGGGUUUAUCUUAUUGAGAAACCUUAUUUUAUUAAUUCUGAAAGAAAUACAAUUGUUGUCAAAUGGGUAAAAUAUGAUAGUUAAGAAAAUUUGAAACUCUAUUUACAUAGAGAAAUCAAAUUAUUAGAAAUGGUUAAUGAUUCUGAAAAUUGUACAAAGAUGUUUUGUUAUGACAAUAUUUAUGAUGAAUAAUUAAUAUUUAUGAGGUUCUAUCAUGCAACUUUAGAAGACUUAAAUAACAAAAUAGGUAAAGUUUAAUUAGAUAAAAUUUAAUUAUUGUAUUUAAUCAAAUAAAUGUUAUUAGCAUUAAAGGGUCUUCACUCCAGAUAAAUUAUUCAUAGAGAUUUAAAACCCUAAAAUAUAAUGUUUGAAUACCUUAAUGAAAAUUAAAAUAUUUUAGAAAUGAGAUGUGUAUUAAUUGAUUUUGAUAGAUCUGAUUAAGUUUAAAGAACAAUUAAAUCGAAUUUAAACUUGUAAUCUUAUUAUGAAGGCACUCCUGAUUAUCAACCUCCUGAAGGAACCUAAAAAUAAUAUACUGCAUCAUAUGAUAUAUGGCAAUUAGGAUAUAUUAUAUAAUGUAUAUUAUUAAGAGAUAAAAAUAAAAAUUAUUCCAGACUAAAAGAUAGACCAGAUUAAGCUUAAUAUUUAAAUAUUUUCAAAUCAGAUCAUUAAAAAGUUAUGGAAUAGUAUCCAGAAUUUUAUAAUCUACUGAUGAAAAUGAUGGAUUAUGAUCCAACUAAAAGGCCGAAGUUAGAAGAAAUUGAAUAAGUAAUAUAUAAUAUUAAAUGAAUAAGAUUAUAGAUUUAUAUAUAAUUUUUAUUAUUGAUAUUAAUAAUGGAAGGUAAACAAUAUCUCUUAAUUAGAAAUCUUUAAAUUCCCUUAAAGUAAAUUCUUUAUUGUUAAAUACAAAUUAAAAGCUUAAGUUGACUCAAGCUUAAACAAUAAAGUCAUUUUCAUACCAAAAAAAUUUGAUAAACAAAUUGAUCGUGUUAUGGAAAAGUCCAAAUAUGUAGGGAUAUUUCUAAGUUGUUCGGAUGAAAAAUCAUUCCUAGCCUUUGGGAUUUUACAAUCGUAAUCUAUUGAAUUUGAAUUCUUAACUGUAUUCCUUAUUAUUAACAAAUUAGGAAGACUAAAAAAUUAAUCUAAGUGAUUUGAAAGGCAAUUAGGAUUCAUUUUUCAAAGUUGAUUGGACACUUAAAGGAGUGCUCAGCUAUGAAAAGACUUAAAAAAUAAAAAAUGAUUUGAAUAACUCAUUGCCGGUGAAUUAAUCUAGAGAAGUUUAAGAAUUAUCAGGAUCAAAUGCAGAAGAGGUAUUAACUUAUUCUAAUCUUAAGCUUCAUUCACUUCUUUUAAAAUAAAAAACCUAUAAACCUUAACCUUUGCAGGAUAUUCGAUUACCAAAAUCAUACAAUUAACAAACAUUACCAAAAUAUCCUAAUAAUAGUGAUGAAUAGAUAUCAAGAAAAAAAGUUUAAAGUAGAAGCAGAAGUAGAGAUAAAGAUAAAGAGAAAUCACAUGAUAAGAGAAAAUCAAGCAAAGACACUAAUGAUGAUAGAGGAAAAUUAUAAGAUAAAAGAAAACAUGAAUAACAUGAAAGAAAAGAUAGCUAUAGAAAUAGUUAAGAUAGACAUAAUAAAAGCAGAAGAAGUAGAGAUAGAAGAAGUAGAGAAAAAAGCAAGAGAAGCUAAGAUAUAAAAAGUGAGGAUCGAAGAAGUAAAGAUAGAAAAAAUAGAAAUGAUUAGAAUAAAUGGCAAUUUCAUAAAGAGUUUGUUGAUGACAGUAUACAAAUACAUAAUAGAUAUAGAAUAAGUACAGAGUGAAGUUGGAUUUAAAGAUAAAGACAGAUUGGAAAAAGAAAAAUAGUAAAGGGAAUAACGAGAGAGAGAAAGAGCGAAAGGUUAAAGAGAAUAGAGAGAUAGAGAAUUAUAGAAAAUGACAGAUAAUAUAAAUCUUAGAUAAUCUUCAGAUUGGGAUAAAGAUAAAAGAAUUGAAUAUGAAUAAGAGCAAAUUAAAUUAAAAGAUAAAGAGUAUGAUAGAUUGAAAGAGAAUGAUAAGGCAAAAGAAAGAGAAAUGGAAAGAGAAAGAGAAAGAGAGAAGGAAAAAUAGAGAGAAAAAGAAAAGGAAAGAGAAAAGGAAAGAGAAAGAGAAAGAGAAAGAGAAAAGGAAAGAGAAAGAGAAAGAGAAAGAGAAAGAGAAAAAGAAAGAGAAAGAGAAAAAGAAAAAGAAAGAGAAAAGGAAAGAGAAAAAGAAAAAGAAAGAGAAAAAGAAAAAGAAAGAGAAAGAGAGAAGGAAAAAUAGAGAGAAAAAGAAAGGGAAAGAGAAAGAGAAAGAGAAAAAGAAAAAGAAAGGGAAAGAGAAAGAGAAAGAGAAAAAGAAAGGGAAAGAGAAAGAGAAAGAGAAAGGGAAAGAGAAAGAGAAAGGGAAAGAGAAAGAGAGAAAGAAAGAGAAAAGGAAAAAGAAAGAGAGAAAGAGAAAGAGAGAGAAAGGGAAAAGUAGAGAGAAAAAGAAUUGGAGAGAGAAAAAGAUAGGCAAAGAUAAAAGGAGAAAGAUAGAUAUAGAGAAAAAGAUGAGGAUAAAUAAUAUGAUAAAGAAAAAUAUAGAAGUAAUAGAUAUGAAAAAAAAGGUGAACACUAUUAAUAAAAGGAUAAGAAUGUUCAUCAUUAUGAUGAUAAAAAGAGGAGAAGAUCAAGGGAUAGAUCAAGAGAUAAAUAGAAUUAUUCAAAUGAUAGAAGAGACAGAGAGAAAAGGGUUGAAAAAGAUAGAUCUGAUAGAAAGCAUAAGAUAAUUAAAUAAGAGGUCAAAAGGAAAAGUUCUUCUUCAUCAUAAAGUUAAAAAAAUAGAUAAGUUGAAAUAAAAAUAACAUAAAAUCCCAAUUCAAAAAAUAUUAAACUUUAAGAAGAUUUGAAACCUAAGAGAAAAUAUGAGUAUGAAAAUGAAUUUUAUAGCAAAUCUGUAUCCUUGUCUCCUCAUGAAAAAUAAAUAGAAAUUAUAGAGCCAGUUAAAACACCUGAAAAAAUUUAAAUCUUAGAAAGUAUUCCUGUCUAGAAUACUUUACCUUAAUAAAAUUAAAUACCAUCUGUAAAUAUUUAACCUCCCAAAUAACCAACUAUUCAAUAGGUUGAAGUUGUAAUUGAAAAGAAAGAAGAAACUCCAAGGAUUGUAAUAUAAGAGAAUGUUAAAAGAGUAUUGGUAUUGGGUUAAGAAAAACCUCAACCAACUCAAGAAUCAAAUUUUUAGCUAUAAACCGGUUCUAUGAAAAUUAUUAAAAGCGCUACAGGAAAUACAACCCAAACAAUUAUUGUUCAGAAGCAAACAACAUAGGAUACAAAAUUAGGAUAAAAUCAUUUAAGUGGUCAAGAAAAAAUAAAGGAUCGUAUCAUAAUUAAAAAUAAAUGAGAAUUCAUAUACAAGUUUAAUUAUAAUAUAUUUGCAAUCUUUAGUCCUAGAAGUAGAU